AUGAGACAAACACACUUUAUUAAGUGGCUCGAUGAGAUCACCACUACAGGUACACGAAAAAGGAUGCAGGCGGAUACAACGUGUUCACGCCGUGCGCUCUUGAACAGUACAGGAUCAGUAGUGCGCGCGCAGAGACAAAAGAAAAGAAUUUCAAUCUUAACAACCUUGAAACAAAUUAGAAAAUUCGAACGUUUGAACGAUAUAUCUGUCAACGUGUUUACCACGAGGGAGGAAAAAAAGGAUGGAACGAUCGUUCCUCUGCAUCUCACAGACCGCAAAAGAGAUAUUCACAUAAAUUUGCUCUAUCUAUCGGAUUCGCGAUACGGCUCCCAGGAGGGUCAUUUCGCAUGGAUAAAGAAUCUAUCGCGAUUGGUCGGGAGUCAGGUAACCAGACAAACAAACAAGAAGUAUAUUUGUGAUCGAUGUCUGCAUUACUUCCACUCGAGGGAAAGAUUGUCCACACACAUCAUGGAUUGCGAAAGGAUGAAUGAUUGCGCGAUCGUUCUUCCGAACGAGGACGACAGGUGGCUCAGCUUUCGGAACUAUGAGCGAAAAGAGAGACUUCCGUAUGUGGUAUACGCCGAUCUGGAGUGCGUCUUAGAGAAGGAGCGAGAGGAGAGUGAAUUUGUAUCGCGAAACAGAUUUGCCUAUCAACAUCAUACAGCAUUCAGCGUUGGCUAUUACGUGCGAUGUGUGCGAGACGAGGAUGCGACGACGUACAAAUCGUAUCGCGAUGAGGAUUGCGUGUCGUGGUUCGUGCGGGAGUUGAACGCUCUCGCGCAUCGCGCAAAGGAGACUCUCAGCUCCGUCGUGACUAUGACGUCGCUUAUGUCAGAUGAGACGCGUAGCUUUUGGAACGCGACUCUUUGUCACAUAUGCGGAAAGCCAUUUGACCCGAGGGAUCAGCGCGUGCGCGAUCACUGUCACAUAACCGGACGUUACAGGGGUCCGGCUCAUGCGCGUUGCAAUAUAAACUACAACAAUUCCUUCAUAAUUCCUGUGUUUUUUCACAAUCUCUCGGGUUACGAUGCGUAUUUUAUCAUCGAAGAGAUCGCCAACGGUUUCGUGGACUCGUGUAAGUUUUUAAGCACCAGCCUCGCGAAAUUGGUGUCGUAUCUGGACAAGAACGAACUGCGAAUAACACGGUCAGCGUUCUUGAACCUCGACGACGACGAUUUCGAAUUGCUCACGCGUAAGGAUGUGUUCCCGUACGAGUAUGUCGAUAGCGUCGAGCGGUUGGUCGAGACAGAGUUACCGCCCCGCGAGGCUAUUUACAGUUCGUUGACCGGCGAGAGCAUCGACGAUAACGAUUACGAGCACGCGGUCACUGUGUGGCAACGUUUCCGCAUCAGUAAUCUCGGCGAGUACAGCGAUCUAUAUUUGAAAACGGACGUUCUAUUGUUGGCGGAUGUUUUUGAGAAUUUUCGCGACAACUGCAUGCGGAGUUACGAUUUGGAUCCUGCUCAUUAUUACACGUUACCGGGUUACACGUGGGAUGCGAUGCUAAAUUAA